AUGUCGACCGGUCAUUAUACCGACAAGUACAAAAUGUUGACAGGUCAAUAUAUCGAAAAGUACAAAAUGUUGAAAAAAAAAAAAAAAAAUGUAAUUUUAUAUCCUAACGUUAAUAUGUUAACGGACGAAUGUAUAAAGUGAACGGUAUUAUUUUAGAUAUUCGGUGGUGUAUCCAGCUUUGUAUACACGGAUAACGACAAAAUAAAUAGUAUUUCCCGUAAUUCGCUUGCUCUUGCUUUAACAUCACCAGAAGAAAUUCCAUCAGCGUUCGCUAAAAAACAAGAAAAACUAGAUAUAGAAUCUGACGCGGAAAUGAAUUCGGAAAAUAUUAUUGGUCAAUAA